UGAUGAUCUUUACCGAGCGUAGAUUGACUAGCCAUGUCAACUCUCUAGCCUAGCCUAGCCAUUUGUCCAUGUGUCUAGCCCUGUACUAUCACGAUAGAUACUGCAACUGAGCUCUCUGGGUACACCACUACACACUGCACAUCUAUACCCUCUGGUUUGUGUAAGGAGCUUCUCCGCCUCUCCAUAGCAAGUUACCAUGGGAAUGUUUGGUAAAGUGAUGGCAAUCAGUGGAGGAGUGUUCAUUGGUGGGGGCUUGGGACUCUACCUCAGAGAGAACCAGUUGUACACGAGGAAGAAAAAACAGUGCAACAAGCUAGAACAAGAGCUGACUGAACUUACUCUCAUACGAAAGGAGAAAGAGAAUUUGUUGCAACAGUUUAUGGCUAGAACUAACACCAACUAAGAGGAUAAUUCAGUUAUCAACACUGAGAGAAAGGCAGGAAAAGCACGACUCUAGCUGUGUCUCUAUCAGUUCAUCUAGUGAUUUUCGAGCCCACUACAAUGAGGCCUGUGCUCAGAUGUAGCCUUUUGUUGGCCUGCUUCCUACUCAUGCUGACCACAGUGGAACACACACAAGCUUCAUACACACUGAGAGUCAAUCUCCAUCAGUACUCCAAUUCUGCACACAGUAAAGCGAAUGGAUUUUGCUGUGACAGAAACAUUACAUGCAUGUCUAGCUGCAUCAAUCAGUUCACUUUCUGUCUACGCUUGCCUACAGAGCCUGAUGGCACCUGCUCACUUGGAGAGUAUCAAUCUAGCUUUAUCAACAGUGACGUCAUAUCAUUCUCUCAGGAAUCAGUGGUUGCAAAUCCAGUGAUUUUCAAAGUUAACAGCAGUUGGUCGGGUGCUGUUGAACUAUUGUUACGAGUUGAUGAUGAGCUGACAUCUGAUGAAGCAGACCCCCUCGUAUUGGAACUCUUUGUACCUGUAAACAUAUCCCACAAUCCUCAAACGAUACCAAUUAGUAGAAUAGAAAGUGUUACCCACACUAAUGGACGGGCGUUUCUCCAGAUUAGUUUUGAACUGGAAUGCGGUGAAGGAUUCUAUGGAUCUGAUUGUGGAGUAUUUUGCAUCCCAAGAGACAAUGAUUUGGGGCACUUUACUUGUGAUAGCAGUGGCAAUAUUUUGUGUCUAGAAGGAUUUAACAACACUUCAACCAACUGCACUCAAUGCCUCCUGUCAGACGGAUGCUCCUCCACUGGUGGCUAUUGUAACUCCACUGAUGGCUGUGUCUGCAUGGAGGAGUUCUCUGGAGAGUUCUGCGAUAUAGACUUGAGGGUGUGCCGUACUGGUCAGGCAAGUUGUGCAAAUGGAGGCACUUGUGUGUUCAACCAAACUGCAGAGAAUCGCUUCUCCUGUAUCUGUCCUGAGGACUAUGCCGGGCUCACCUGUGACACUGACUUGAAUAUGUGCCGUACUGGUCAGGCAAGUUGUGCAAACGGAGGCUCUUGUGUGUUUAACCAAACUGCAGAGAAUUUAUUCUCUUGUAUCUGUCCUGAAGGCUAUGCCGGGCUCACCUGUGAAACCGACUUGAAUAUAUGCCGUACUGGUCAGGCAAGUUGUGCAAACAGAGGCACUUGUGUGUUCAACCAAACUGCAGAGAAUUUAUUCUCCUGUAUCUGUCCUGAAGGCUAUGCCGGGCUCACCUGUGAAACCGACUUGAAUAUGUGCCGUACUGGUCAGGCAAGUUGUGCAAAUGGAGGCACUUGUGUGUUCAACCAAACUGCAGAGAAUUUCUUCUACUGUAUUUGCCCUGAGGACUAUGCUGGGCUCACCUGUGACACUGAUUUGAAUAUGUGCCGUACUGGUCGGGCAAGUUGUGCAAACGGAGGCUCUUGCGUGUUUGAUCUUACCCUGGAAAACAAAUUUGAGUGUAAUUGUUCUAACAAUUUCAGUGGGGCUUCUUGCGAAAUAGACCUAGAUGUUUGUGGGCACACCUCCCCAUGUCUAAACAACGGUGACUGUGAGAAUAGCGGACCUGACAACUUCACCUGCAUCUGUAGGGAGGGAUUUGACGGAAAGACCUGCACUAUGGAAACAGAUGAAUGUGUGCAAAAUGUGUGCAAGAAUGGAGCCAUUUGUAAGGAUCUGCAUUUGGACUUCGAGUGCGAGUGUUCUCGAGGAUUUGAAGGGCGAUUCUGUGAGUCUGAGUUAGACGGAUGUAUCAGACAGACGUGUCUCAACAAUGGCACCUGUCAGAACAAUCUUGGAGACUUCAUAUGUCUGUGCAUCAAUGGAUUCUCCGGAAGAAACUGUGAAGUAGUAGAUGGAAGUGGUGGGUUCAGUCUGAGUAGUCUGAUGGGACCCAUCAUCGGUGGCUCCAUAGCCAGUGGGAUGUUGCUCUUAGUGAUAAUCUGUCUCCUCAUCACACUGCUCUGCAUAGUCAAACAACGAAAUCGAAGGAAACUCGUCAUCAACUCAUUCAGUAACGAAGAAUCUGACAAGACUGUCUCGUCGUCACAGCAAAUCUUCAGUGUGGACAACCCAACCUUCGCGGACAUGAACUCCUGCCCCCAUAGUCCCCAUAGUCGAUUUGAUAACCCAAUAUAUGACGAAGCCGGCCGUCGCAUACCCACAGUCAGCCAUUAUUGUCACCUCAAUCCUCGCAACGGAUCAUCUAGCAAUAUUCAACACAGUGUCCUAUCACCCAAAAGUAGCUCUGUCGUGGACCUCUUCAAUUCCAUGGGUGACUACUCCACUCUAGAUGAAUCUAUGCGCACACAGUCCACCACAGCCAGCUACCAAGAUCACAAGUACGAGCAGAUCACGGGAACAGGACACUUUGCGUCGAGUGUUGACGAUGUAGACAAUCUUCAUUAUUCCACGCUGAAUCAAUCUGAGCAAGAUGACGCUGAGAUUGUACUAGCCACAAUGGAAGGCUCUGAAUUACCUCAUAUAUACGAGAGCAACAGUACUAGUCCUGAUUCUGCUAGUGAGACGGUCAACUACGACCAUUUGGUGGUGAGGCAGGAGGGAGAGAUGACUCGAGUUAGGGAGGUUAGUCUCACCGAGUCCGACUGUCAUGAUUAUGAUUCUGCCGAAUGUGGGGUUUAUGCGAACACGGAAAAGAAGGAUUUGGAGGCUUUGUACGCUAAUGCUUUGCAACCAGAAACAGAGGCUUUGUACGAUACUAUUAACUAAUUAUAAUCAUACCUUCAUUGUUAUUUUGUAUACGGCUUUAUUACAGAAACA